AUGCAUUUAUGGCUUAUGAAGCUGGAGUGGACAGAUGAACAGCAUGCUCUUCAUAUUCUUGAUCAGGCUAUAGACGAUGCAACCAAUGAUAAUAAUAUGUUAACAUACAAUCCUGAAUAUCAACAAGUAGUAAUGAGGCGUUUACCAGAUGUUGAUUCAUCAAAUAAGUUGAUGAAUCAUAAUACUUAUCAAUCAGAUGAUUUAAAUAAUCAAUCAUCUGUUAUCGAAGAUUUAUUACCGUUAUUUGAGAAUAAUCCAAAUUUUAUUAUAUUAGGAAAACGUUUAUUAAAUAAAAAGCGAAAAAUAACUUAUCUUCGUUCACAAUUAAAUAUACCCACCGAAUUAUCACCAGAAGAUAAGAAUAAUACCAAAUUGGUACAAUUGAGACAAAGACUAAAAGCAAAAAGAAGAUUAGGAAGUAUCAAUGAUAUAGCAUUGUCGAAUGAAGACAAUAACUUGUUUAGAACACGUUCUAUUCGGCGAUCUUCUGCAUCCAUUAGUAUGCCAGAUUUAAGUCCCCCAGCACUGUACAAACAAUCUGGUCCCGAGUUUGUUGUCAAACGUGACAGUAAAGCGGAACGAAUUGCCGUGCCAACAAAAAAUGCAACCGAUAAUAUAUGUCAAGUCAUUGUUUUGCUACCUAAUAAUGCUCGUGUACAAGUUGGCUGUAAAAACGAUGCGACUGUACGUGUAAUAUUCGAUACAGUUGUAACCUAUGCCGAUUUAAUAGAAAAUAGUCUGUUUGGUUUAACCAUCUUAAUUGAUGGUGAACAUUGUUUUCCUCCGCUAGAUCUCAAAAUUUCAAAAUUAUUGAAUGAUUCAAAAUGGAAAAAUGGUCUAGCCACAUUUGUUAUGCAAUUAAAAAUCAAAUAUUUUGUUACUGACAUCAGUUUAUUGAGACAUUUUUUAACACAACAUUUUUUCUAUCUUCAAUUUCGUCAAAUGUUACUUACCGACUCGUUCCAAAUAUCGAGUGACGAAAAAUUAGCUUUUUCAGCGUUGGCAUUUCAAGCGGAAUAUGGUAAUAGUGGACAGCAGCAACAGUAUAGUGCUCAAGAUGCAUUUAUGGUUGAACAUUAUGCAUCAAGUGAUCUAAUUAAUGAAUUUGGUAUUCCUCGAUUACGUGACCUAAUUAUUGAGAAAUACUUAAAUUAUGUCGAAUAUAAUGAUGUGCAUGCCGAAAGAAAAUUUGUAGACGAUGUCAUGAAGCUUGAUGAUUACGGCUAUCAUAUGUACAAGCUGUAUAAAGAUACGAAAAAAGAUGAUACAUAUGUUGUCGGCAUCCGAUUGGAUGAUAUAAAAUAUUGGCAAUUAAGAAAUCGUGAACGCUCAUAUCGAAUGCAUUUUGAUUGGGAACAAAUUGAACUUGAAUUUAUAAUGAAUGGAUCAGAUGCAGACAGUAUUAUUGAACAAAACAAUAUCUCAUUUGACAGACGGUCACAAUCACAGGACAAUUUUGAUGUACAUAAUGGUUUUACUGAAAAUCCAACAACAAAUGGUACAACACGCCGAUACGAAGUGGAAUUAUAUAAAGAUCAAAAUAAUAGCCUGGGAAUGGCACUCAUGGGUCAACCAGAAUAUGGCAUUUUUAUCAAAUCUUUACAAACUGAUGGUAGUGCAGCAAAAUCUGGCCAGAUGCAAAUUGGCGAUCGUUUAAUCUUAUAUAAUGGUCGAAGUGUCAAUGGUUUAACUGUGCAUGAUGUUGCGAAUCGUCUAUCUGCGUCACAAAAUCCAGUCACCCUGAUAAUGUCUCGAGAAAACAAACCAAAUGGAACAACUGUUCAUCAACGUUCAGUUAGUAAUGAACGUAACAGUGUGUUAAAUGAGAGUCACAGUCCGAAACAGCGAGUAUCGUGGUCAAACGAUAAUUCAUUUCGAGUACCACGAGUAGUUUCAAACGAAAGUAUUCAAACUCAUGUAUCAGAUUUAUCUAAUUCUUAUGAUAUAACCAGUACAGUGUUCACUGUUACAAUUGAAAAAAUUAAUAAUAGUCUUGGAUUUCACGUUGUAGGUGGCAUUGAUUCAGAGAUUGAAGACCACGGAAUUUACAUCAAAACUAUAACUCCAAAUGGUGCAGCAGAAGAAUCAAAAUCACUUUUGGAAGGUGAUAAGAUAUUGGAAGUCAAUGGGAUUCCAUUAUACAGUGUUAGUCAUUCAGAAGCUGUUGAUGUAUUUCGUAAAAGUUCAACAAAAUGUCAUUUACUCGUACAACGAUACGUAUUUCCAUCAAUAGUUCGUAAAAGUCCAUUACCACAACGACAUAUACCUUUACUCUAUUAUCCGUUUUCACGACCUGAUAAUACAUUUGAAGUUAUUCUUCAGCGUAGUCAUUUGGGUUUGGGCUUAAGUCUAGCUGGUGGUAGUGGAGAAAAUAAGCCAAUUGAAAUUGUUGAAAUAUAUCCAAAUCAAUCAGCAGCAGCUUCAGGAAAAUUAAAUGAAGGUGAUAUUUUAUUACAAAUUAAUGAUAUUCUUAUGCAUAAUCGUAAUGUACAUGAUGUACCAACUAUUAUUAACGAAUCCCCACAACAAACUGUUAAACUUGUUGUUUGUCGACCCGAUCCAAAUGAAUAUCGGUCGUACAUUAAGCAGAACCAGCAGAUGGAUAUUAAUCAAUAUCUGAAACCAUCAAUAACACACUCAGGGCUAGAUAUAUCUUCUAGAAGUCCAACGCUCGUUCCAAAUGAAUCAAAGUUACCUCGAGAUUUGCCACCAAAAUCACCAAGUACAAGAAGAAUAACACCUGUAUUACCAAAAACCAAACCAAAAAGAGGAGAGGUAUUUUCCAUUAUUUUACAUAAAACUUCUGAUAGCGGUCUUGGCUUCACUUUAUCCAGUGGACAAUCAUCAAUUGGCUUUUCUCACAUUCGUUCGGUUGUCAAAGAGCCAGCAUUAUCUGGCGGAUUGAAACAUUGGGAUCGUAUUGUUUCUAUAAAUGGUCAUAAUUGUUUAACAAUUACACAUCGUGAUCUUGUUGCUCGUUUACGAUAUGCAGCAGCAGGUCCCGUUCAUCUACAUAUCUAUCGUCCAAAUAUAGAGGAAAUUGUUACAGCAAAAGAACGUUCUCGACAAAAACAACAAGAAUCUUCAUUUUUAAAUUUUUCAAUGGUUGAUAUUGUUAGUAAUCAAACAAUAAUUAAUGAACAAAACGAAAAAAUAGCAAUCUCUCCACCAACGAUAAAACGGCACGAUUCAAUUAAUGAUACAUCGCUUUAUGAAAAAAUUCUCAUAACAUUACCAAAAGCACCACAAGGCACCUAUGGCAUUGGAUUAAAUCAAAUUGAUCCUCAACAAGCAUACGGUGGAAUUUAUAUUUGUGCUUUACAACCAAACAGUGUUGCUUUAAAAGAUGGUCGUUUAAAGACUGACGAUCGUAUUCUAUUAAUAAAUGGAAAAAGUGUAGAACAUAUGACUUAUCGUGAGGUUGUUGAAACAUUAAAAAUAUCGACAAAAAAAGGUGUUGAUCUACUUGUGGCGAGAUCAACAGAUAAUCAAGAGUUAAAUCAACCAAAUGUUAAAGAAGAAUUGGCGCAUAUUGUUUCUAAUACUGCAAAUAUUACUAACAUGUUUGUUUCGACAAUGCCUCGUCGUAAUUCAAAACUAUCGGAUGCAAAUAAUGAAUUAAAACUUCCAAUUCAACAUGUUAUUUCACCUGAUUCUAUUGAAAGUUCAUCAUCGACUGCGGGUAUAGAAGAGAAAAAAAGUGAAAUAAUAUCAUCUCAUCAUGAUAAUGAGAUAGUAGAACCACCAACAAAAUCAAUUGAGAAUAAUGAACCAAAAGAACAACCAUUGCCAACUGCGGAUACAGACGAUGAUAUAAGUGAUAUUAAAACACCACCAAUAUCUCCACGAACACCGACAGAAUCAAAAUUUAUUCAACAAGAACUUGAUUUACCACCGCCGAAAAAAGAUCAAGUGAACACAACAUCUAAUGUUAAGUCGACAAAUGAUAAUCAAGAACGAAUGAAUUUUUUUCAGCAAGCCACGACGAAUGAAAUAUUGUUACUGAAUGCUGGAGUAGCUGAAAGAGUAGAAGAUUUAACACCUCAAAAAAUCAAUAAAAUAAGUACACCAGCAGUUACAAUGGAUACAUCGUCACUUAUGGAUGAACAUCGUGAAAUUGAAUUAAAAAUUGAUUCACAAGAAUAUAUUGAAGAAUUUAAAGCAUUAAAAAUGUUAAAUGAUAAUGAUGAUCCUGAAUUAUCCUCCGUCGCUCUUUUACCUGAAAAUAAAAUAAAAAAUCGUUUCAAAAAUGUGAUACCAUAUGAUUAUAAUCGUGUAAAAUUAUUGUCAAUAAAACCAGAUUAUAUUAAUGCUAGUCAUUUAUCUAUACCCAUUGGUGUACAAUCAAUGAAAUAUAUUGUAUGUCCACCACCUGUUCCCGAAAGUGUUCACGAUUUUUGGCAAAUGAUUGUUGAACAAAAAGUUAAAUGUAUAUUAGGAAUAUUUCGUGAUCAAGAUUUAAAAAAAAUGAAAUGUCCAUCUUAUUAUCCGACUGAACUUAAAGAAACCAUGACAUUGUCUCCACAAUUGUCCGUAUCUUUGAUUAAAGAACGUCAUUUUCAAGAUAUUAACGUUAAAGAAUUUGUAUUAGGAUAUAAUGGUGUUGAACAUCGUCUCAUAUUUUUAACGUAUACUCAAUGGACAGAAGAUAAUGUACCAUUUGAUAGUAUUCAUACAUUUUUACAAUUUAUUCAUUUGGGUCAUUCAUAUCAGGUGACAGAAUCACCACUACUAAUCCAUUGUAAUACGGGUAUUGGACGAACAAGUUGUGCUCUAAUGAUUAGUUUAACACUUUCGCAUAUGAUACGAGGACAAACGAUUAAUAUUUAUAAUCUAGGAAAACAGUGUCGUUUACAACGUUCAGGUUUUAUUCAAACACAAGAACAAUAUCGUUUCAUUUACGAAUGUACAAAAACGGCUCUUAAUUUAUCAUUAGAAUUUCAAAUUAUGCAACUUGCACAAGAGUAG